AUGGAAGGCCAGGGCGAAAAUGAUGAGCUCUACCCUGUCGCCGUUCUGAUAGAUGAACUGAAGCAUGAGGAUGUCCUCCUCCGUUUAAACGCCAUCCAUCGCCUAUCCACGAUUGCUCUGGCUCUUGGCCCGGAACGAACGCGGGACGAAUUGAUUCCUUUUCUUGAUGACUCUGUCGAAGAUGAAGAUGAAGUUCUGACUGCGCUUAGUGAGGAGAUGGGUAAUUUCGUCGACUAUGUUGGUGGGCCGGAAUAUGCACAUAUUCUCCUAUCUCCCCUAGAGAAUUUGGCCGCAAUUGAGGAACCCUUGGCGGUUGAAUCCCUCAACAAAAUUUGUGGCCAGCUUUCUGCCAAGCAAAUCGAAGAAUAUUUCAUACCCCUCACCGUGAGCCUCUCGAAGGCGGACUGGUUCACCUCCAAAAUAUCUGCCACAGGCCUCUACAGUGCUCCAUAUUCCAAAGCUUCCCCAGCUUCGCAGCAAGGUCUUCGACAGCAGUUUGGACAUCUGGUCCACGAUGAUACUCCUAUGGUUAGACGCCAGGCGGCAAAUAACCUCGCUAAGUUUACCAAGGAGAUGACCACGCAAGUAAUCAUAGAAGAAAUAAUCCCUCUCUUCCAAUACCUUGCAAAUGACGACCAGGAUAGCGUGCGACUAUUAACAGUGGAUAUCUUGAUUUCAAUCUGCGAAGAAAUCCCAAAAGAACAGCAGUCAAGCCACGGUGUCCUUUUAACCGCGCUGCGAAGUUUAUUUGAAGAUAAAAGUUGGCGGGUUAGGUACAUGGUUGCUGAUAGAUUUGAGAAGAUCGCAAAAGCUGUUGAUGACGAGGUGCUGAAUCGGGAUCUGGUUCCUGCUUUUGUGAAGUUGCUGAAGGAUACUGAGGCAGAGGUCCGCACAGCAAUCGCCGGACAGAUUCCUGGUUUCUGCGAGCUGCUGGAUAGAGACACCCUUUUGAAUGAAAUAAUGACUAGCAUUGAAGACCUCGUGUCUGAUCCUUCCCAACAUGUGCGCGCCGCGCUUGGUACACAAAUCAGUGGGCUGGCGCCAAUACUUGGCAAGGAGGAAACUAUUGCACACCUACUCCCUAUGUUUUUACAAAUGCUGAAAGAUGAAUUCCCCGAUGUACGCCUCCACAUUAUAUCCAAACUGGAAUUGGUCAAUAAAGUUAUUGGUAUCGAGCUUCUAUCCCAAUCCUUACUCCCUGCGAUUGUACAGUUGGCGGAAGAUAAGCAAUGGCGUGUCCGUUUGGCCAUCAUCGAAUAUAUCCCCCUUCUUGCAAGUCAGCUUGGCGUAAAGUUCUUUGACGAACAGCUCAGUGCACUUUGCAUGGGCUGGCUUGGGGACGCCGUAUUCUCCAUUCGCGAGGCAGCCACUCAGAACCUGAAGAAACUGACCGAAGUGUUUGGCGUGGACUGGGCGAAAAACUCUAUCAUUCCAAAGGUCAUAUUGAUGGGCCAACAUCCAAACUACCUUUACAGAAUGACAACUUGUUUUGCCAUUUCCACACUCGCCCCAGCCAUCAACCUCAACAUAAUCGAGACCUCCAUCCUCCCGAUUCUGGAGAGACUUGUCGACGAUGACAUCCCGAACAUCCGUUUCAACGUUGCGAAAUCUUAUGCUGUAAUGAUAGAUACCCUCCAACGCCUUCCCGCAGAAGGCACGUUGGCCGAACUCGAGAAAUCCGGCCAGACAAGCAGUACUCCGGGCCCGCGCAACCACGCCAUCGUACAGCAACAGAUUCUUCCAAAUCUUGAGAAAUUGCAGCAGGAUGAUGAUGUCGACGUGCGAUAUUUCGCUACCACAGCUGCAAGCAGCUUUUCAGAAGCCAUGCAAACAUCCCCAUGA